AUGCUAAACGUUCCCUUAGUGUUCUUAUCAUCAUUCAUGAUGCGCUUAAUUUCGCUUCCACUUUCAGAGAACGAAAACCUCGAGUAUCGUUUGGCGACACAACGACAGUUGUACGUGUCAAACGAGGAGACUAUGCGAGCCAGGGACUUGGAACAUCGUGGUCUCAAGGCUAAGAUCAUGAAUGCUGAGUUGCAAAUCCGCGAGAAAGAUAACAUCAUCGGCCGACUUACGGUUCGUUUGUGCCUUGUUCGGAACCAGAGUAUUUUCUUUACCAAAAUGACGUACCAUGGGUAUGAUUUUUAUGUGUUGGAUCUGAGUUUGAAUCGAGCGGGCCAAAAACUAUGCGUCAGGAAACAUCCGAGAUGGCUGCCGAAAAGCAGAAGCUCAGCUCAAUUGGAAAAGCAAUGGAACAAGAGGCGAAAGCUUUCGAGGAAGAUGCUAGAGUAUUUCAGAAGGAGCGUGAGAUGCUCGCCGCACAGUUGGCCGAAGCCAAAACAGAAUACGACGAAAAAAUCAUCGGAAGUCAGUCAGAGAUUAGUUCUUGAGGAAAAGAUCUCUCAGCUGCAACAAGACCACGAUAUGCUUUUGUCCAGAAAUAAUUCACUGCUCACAGAGACCGAUAGAUUACGUUUAGAAAAGUCGUUUAGGGAAGAGCUUCGUAUGUCAAAUUACCGCUUUGAUCAAUUAACUUUAAAGUUGUCGAAAUCCGAAAAAUCGCUUGAAAGUGUGAAUCAGUCGAACAAGGAUCUAACGCAACAAAUUUUAACUUUUCGUAAAGAUAAAGAUGAAUGGGGAAGACUCGAACGAGAAAUGCGAGAGGAGCUGGUGGUUUUACGUAAAGAUCGGUUGGUUCUCACUUCGGAAGUUGAAGAGUUGAAGCGUAAACUAGUACGAACCGAAAUAGAGAGGAAAGAGGUGGAUGGCCUCCGUGCUCGACUCGAUCGCGAAGUGACGUCGCUAAAGAAGCAUGUCGAAGCCCUUGAAGAAGAUAAAUCGCGAACAGAAGCUGCCAUUCGGAAUACGAUGAGUGAGCGAAGAGCUAUAGAUAAAUCGUUGGCUGCGAUGGAGAAAGAGAAUACUGAACUAUAUAGGAACUGUGCUCAGUUGCAGUCUCAGAUUGCCCAACUUGAACGAGAUUCAGGCCCGAAUACGAUAGCAAAAAUGUUGAAGGACCAAAAGGAAUUAGAAGGCAGGAUGACAAAACUCGUGGUGGAAAAACAACAGCUUGAGAUGGUCAUUGAGCAAAAAGAGAUGAACUUCUCACAAGAACGUGAGACAAUGGUUUCGCAGUUGGGUACGCUUCGCGAUCAACUGGAAAUGGAAAAGAAACGACGAUUGGAUUUGCAGAAGGAAGUGCGAGCCGCGGAACGCACCGUUGUUCCAGAACGCCAGUUCAGUCGUACUUCUGGUAUUCAUAUAACUCGGUCGAAGUCGAUUCAGAGACGAUCGAACCCAUUCAGGGUAUGA